AUGACUUAAAAAUUUGGAACUUCUCGUGGUGCAAAAUAUUAUGAAAGCACUAGAACUCCAUUCACCCCAGAAUCUAGUGAGGAAGAAGAGUAGGACUAUGAUGCUAAGACUGCGAAGAGUGGAGUUACUAUUAAUUUCACCAAAGGCUAUACGAAGCAUGAGGAUGAGGUAAAUAAAAUACUUGGACCAGUAGAACAUAAGAUAAAGAAAAAUAUGAAUUCUAAGCUUAAGAAAAAGUAUAAGCAGCAAAAAAAGCAGGAAGAGAAGAAGUUAAUGAAUAGAAUAGGAGAAAAUUAGGAUAAUUUAUAUGACUUUUUGCAAGAUUUUUCCUCUUCUGAUUACGAAACAGAAGAGGAAGAGGAUUAAAGCAGUCCUUAUCAUUUUGGUUCUCAGUACAAUAGAAUGUAAUCGUAAGACACAAGGUUCCAAAGAUAACCCACUGUAUUAACUGGUAAUACAGGCUAUGGAGCAAGGGAUGGAUUCGUCAAUCAUUAUGAAGAUGAUAAGUAGAGUAACUAUGACUUCGAAUAAAAUAAAGUGAUGGGAAAAUUACUCAACAGCUAUAAAAAGUUUGAAAGGAGAAAGGUUCCUAAAAAACCAAUCUAUUUUUAAAACCCUAAGAUCCCCAUAAUGAUUUCGAGAGAUUAGCUUACUAUAUAGUUUAGAGAUGUAAUGGUGUUUGAUAGUUUAGACCUGAAAAAUAAAUUCAAAAAGAUAUUUAGCAGAAACAGGGGGUUCGCAGAUGAUGAUUAGUCUUAAAGUGAAUCUGAGACCAGGAAAUCACAAUCAAGAGACAGAAAUGAAAAUACAGAUAAAAGAGAGAAAAUUGCUGGUAAAAUUACUGAACAUUUAAAAAAGAACUCAUUCUCUGCUAUGUCUGGAUCCGAUAAGUCUAAGCAGGAAUUACAAAAGCUCAUGGAUGAGUAGAAAAAAAGAGGGUUCGAAAAAUCAACAGUUGACAAGAAAGGAGCAUCAGGCAUAGGACUUGGAUCUCAUUUGUCCAAAAUGGCAUCAUAAACUGAGACUAUAAAUAUUAUCAAAACUUCUAAGGAUAAGAACCAGAAGAAGUUAGAGAGUUUAAAAGAUGAGAUCAAGAAAAAUAUCAAUAAAUUGGAGGAGAUAGAGAAAGAGACAAAGGAUUAGAAUGAUAUAAAUAAUAAGAUAAUAGUAAAAGAUAUCGAGAAUGUUUAAUAAAGAAUCAGAAACAAAGAUGCGAAGAAUAUAUCUAAACUCAAAGACUCGAUUAACCACAAACUUAAAGAAAUUAACGAAAAUUAGGAUUUAAUGCCUUCUCUUGACAUGAUUUAAAAAAGAGAAAGAUGGAUGAUCUAGUUGAAGACGCAUAUUGGUAAAUUCUAGAGUGAAGUCCUAGCCUUUAGUUUAAAGAAGUAUUUUAACAGAUGGAAGAAGGUGAAUGAUGAGUACAAGUUAAGAGCGCUUGAGUUAGAGAAGUAGUAAUCUAUGAAUCAAGUUUAAGAUGACUUAAAACCUUAGAAGAAGGAAAAGAACAACAAAAGCAAACUAAUCAGAAAUGAAGAACAGGAUGCCAAGGAUGAAGAUACCUCAGGGUAUAAUCAGAAUUAAAAGCAGUUUGAAGUAUUUCUACCAAGUGAAAGAAUAAAGAAGAAGCUCAUCCCUAAUUGCUACAAUAUCUAUAGGCCUAAGAAGGAUGAAAUGUGA